AUGUCAGACGAAACACUAUGGCAGCGUGCAAAGCGCAAGUUUGGCGAGAAUCCCUUUAUACUCCCAGCUGUAGGUCUGACUGUAUUUGCUUUGUACCGGAUGUUUGAUAGUAUGCAUCGUCGAGAUGUGAUUGCUUUUCAAAAAGCUCAACGAUUCAGAAUAGGUGCACAAGGUCUUGCCAUGUUUGUGUUGGUUUCUGGUAUAUGGUAUCAAGAUUACAAGUUUAAACUCAGAACUGCAGUAUCAUUACCAGAACCUGAAACUGAGUCUAUAUCCACAGCUCAGCAGUAA